AUGGCUGUGAGGCUUUGCUGUGCCUGGAUUUCCAUCCUCCUCCUCCUGCCCAGCCUCUCGGAUGGAGGGAAGCUCCUGGUGGUGCCCAUGGUGGGAAGCCACUGGCUGAGCAUGCAGGAAGCGGUGGAGAAGCUGAGCGAGAGGGGACACGAGGUGGUGGUGCUGGUUCCCGAGGUGAGCUGGCAGAUGGAGACCACGCAGGCCUACAAGGUGGUCACGCACCCGGUGAGCCAGACCCUGGAAGAGCUGGAUAACGCCUUCCAGGAAUACGUCACUGUGCACCUGACGCAGAAGCCUUUCCCCCUCAAUGCCCUGGCAAUGUAUAACGCCUCAGUGCAUGUCUUCAGCACCUUCUUUGGGCAGUGCAAGGACCUGUUCCGCAGCCAGGAGAUCCUGAAGUUCCUCAACGAGAGCAGAUUUGAUGCCGUCCUGACGGAUCCUCUCUUCAUGUGUGGGCCCAUCCUCGCCCACCAUCUCUCUCUUCCCUUUGUGUUCUUCAUGAGGGGAUUUGGUUGCAACCUCCAUUUUGCAGCCCCACAGUGCCCAAGCCCUCUGUCCUACAUCCCAAGAGUCUUCAGCUUCAACUCAGACCACAUGACUUUUUUCCAGAGGGUGGAAAACGCCCUGAUUUCUCUCCUGGAGCUUGAUUACUGCAACGGUUUCUAUGCAGAAGCGCUUCAGCUUUCCUCAGAAGUUCUUCAGAGGGAUGUGUCCCUGAUGGACCUCGUGAACUCCGCUGCCAUUUGGAUCCUGAGGUUUGACUUUGUGUUCGAGUACGUCAGGCCAGUGAUGCCCAACAUGGUCUUUGUCGGGGGGAUCAACUGUGCUAAGAAGAAACCACUGCCUAAGGAAUUUGAAGCCAUGGUGAACGCCUCUGGAGAACACGGCAUCGUUGUUUUCUCUCUGGGCUCCAUGGUGUCCGAGAUUCCUAUGAAGAAAGCCAUGGAAAUCGCGGAGGGCUUGGGAACAGUCCCUCAGACGGUCUUCUGGCGCUACACAGGCAAGGCGCCCCCCAACCUGCCCAAGAACGUGAAGCUCGUCAAGUGGCUGCCUCAGAAUGACCUCCUGGCCCACCCCAAGACUCGUGCCUUCAUCACCCACGGAGGCUCCCACGGUGUUUAUGAGGGAAUCUGCAAUGCAGUGCCCAUGGUGCUGAUGCCUCUCUUUGGGGACCAGAUGGACAAUGCCAAGCGAGUGGAGUCCCGGGGAGCAGGGCUGACCCUGAACAUCCUGGAGAUGACUUCCAACGACAUCUCCAAUGCCCUGAAAGCGGUGAUCAACGACAAAACGUACAAGGAGAACAUCCAGCGCCUCUCCGACCUGCACCUGGACAGACCCAUCCACCCUCUGGACCUGGCUGUGCACUGGGUGGAGUUUGUGAUGAGGCACAAGGGGGCCCCUCACCUGCGCCCCGCCGCCCACGACCUCAACUGGGUACAGUACCACUCGCUGGACGUCAUUGCCUUCCUGGCGGCCGUCACCCUCCUCACCCUCUUCAUCUCCUUCAAGUGCUGCCUCUGCUGCUGCCGCAGGUGCUUCUGCAAGAAGGGCAGGAUAGGAAAGGCCACCAAAGCCAAGUCCCACUAGCACCUGGGAACAGCGGUAGGUGACCAAGCUCCCGCUCCAGACCCAGGAGCGGGGUCAGGGAACAGCUCGAAUUUCACUGCAAUGAAUAAAACACUGUGAUUUUCAGCCAAGGAAUGAUAGGGAUGCUUUGAAAAAUCCGCACGAGAAGGGCUGUUCCACUGAUCUAAUUUUGGCCUUUUAAUUAAGAAUGGGUUGUUCAAAAUGCCUUGUGUAGGAGUGCUGCAGUCACUUGGGAAGGUCUGAGUGUGAAAUCCCUGGCCUUUGGCUUCCACCUGUCAGUGUGCAGAGGACUCAGUGACUUCUUUUAACCUCCACCUGCAGCAGAGAUAGGUAGGGAUUUUGGAGGACUUUAGGAGAACCAUCUGGUCAGAUUUUUGUUUGAAAUCUCUGUGUGGCUGCGGUUGUAGGAGAGGCAAAUGUUGUACACUCACAGUUCCUGUCAUGCAAACCUAGAUUGGUGCACAUCUUCAUGGGUUUACAAGACCCUGAACAAAACCAAGCUGUUGGAAAACCACUGGUGUUUCCCCCAAACUGCCCAUCAGGCAGAUGUGCUGGAGCUGGAGCUCACCUGCUGGUGAGGAGAUCUUUGUAAGCAUUGCUUAUGAGCCCCCACAACUGAUUUGCUCUUUGUAAAUGAUGCUCAGGGAAAGA